UUAUUAGACGCGUUUGUCUAUUUGCGUCGUACUCUAUCGACGAAAAGCUCGUCUAUGCAGCUACGCUGCGAACAACGUUAUGAUAGCAUCAUUAGAACGUGUUUUUUUUCCGACACAGGCGCGAGUCGAACCUUCACGUCGGAACGGCUUUUUUUUGCGCGACGCGGGAAAACUGUUACGCGUACGUUAUCAGCGAAGUUAUCAAACUUCGGCCGUGGCUGUUUGUCACAAGAGUCCAAACGGUGCUCCCUCAGUCAGAGGGGAAGGCGAUGAUAGCGUCCUGGCGUCGCCGCCGCGCCGCUCGCAGUGCAGACGGGCUGUUUCAAACAGCUGCUCUUGUUGUGUGCUUCCGAAGAGCGGAGUAAUGGAGCGGCGCGAAGGGACGCGCGGCGUGGCGUGUUUGCUGCUCUUCGCGACGCUCGGCGUGGAUUUGGCGUUCGCCUUCGGACAGAACAAGGACACCGAGUUCACUUUCCUUUUACCUCCGGGAGAAACCGAGUGCUUCUUCCAAACAGCCACUAUGAACGGCAGCAUGGAAGUGGAGUACCAGGUCAUAGCAGGCUCAGGGCUGGACGUCGGCUUCGCUCUGAUCUCCCCGCUCGGAUACAGACUGGUCUCCGACUUCAGAAAAUCAGAUGGCAUACACACGGUGGAUCCCACCGAGGACGGCGACUACAGGAUUUGCUUUGACAACAGCUUCAGCCAUAUUUCGGAGAAGAUGGUGUACGUGGAGGUGAUCGUGGACGGACCGGAGGAGGAGGAUGAGGAUGAAGAAGAUUGGGCUGCUCUGGCUGAACCGGAGGACUCGCUGGAGUACAAACUGGAGGAUAUCAGGGACACGAUGGAUGCCGUGCACAAAAACCUGGAGCGAAGCCGUCAGCUACAGACCACGCUGCGGGCGUUCGAGGCUCGUGACCGUUACCUGCUGGAGGACAACCUGUGGCGGGUUUCCUUCUGGUCGAGCGUCAGUCUGCUGGUCAUGGUCGGCGUGGCUCUCGCGCAGAUCUACACGUUGCGCAGAUUAUUCAGUGACAAACGCAGAGUUUGCACAUAGCAGAGACGAACCCGGAGCAGGGGCGACGUGUGUUGACCUAAAUGAGGACAUGGGGGAACUCGGGUU